AUUUGAAUGAAAAUUUUGUGAUUUAUGUAAAACACUCUCAGCAAUAAUAAAAAGAAUAUAUCCAUACACAACAAAAGAUUGAUACAUAGAAGAAGUAUUACAGAAAAAAAUUGUGUUAAAAGUGCAUAAAUAUGUCAACUUCAAAAAAUGGCACUGGAAUGAAAAUAUUAUGGAUUCCAGGACGCAAACGUCACGAUCGUAAAGGAAUUUAUAAGCCUACUAACAAGGAAGUUAAUAAAAAUUACACGCAGCAACGGAAAAACGAAAUGUGGACUCUCGGAGGUGCUGGUGAACAAAGGAAGUUAAUUAACAUAAGCGUACAUGAUGAGGCAAGUGGAAGUACAGUUGCUGUUUCUGCUGCAACUCACAUUAUUGAUCCUUUAUGUGUCGCAGCUGGAGUCUCAGCUACUUGUGCAGUUAAGGAUCAUCCGUCCGAUGAUCAAGCAAAUCUUGAUGAAAAUUCCAUAGAACAAGAGAAAAUUGUUGUAAAAGAUAUCCUUAAGAAUGGGGAAAUUAAUGGCGAUGCAAAGGCUUGCAAUACUGAUAAUAUUGAUAUUGAAGACCAUGCAUAUCAUAAUGCUGGAACAAUAAGAUUCAGAAAUAAGAAAACUGGAUCGAAUCACACUGAUCUUGAUUCUAUUGAACACUUGGAAUUUGAUGAGGAUGAUGAUGUAAAGAAACAUGAUAUUAUAGAUGACGAUAUUGAUUCUGUUUCCAUGCAGCGUAUGAGAUCAGCAAAUGUUCCUCGAAGACGGCGAAAUCAUGCAAAAAAGAAGAAUAAGGAAUUCGAAAAUGAACAUAAGAAGGAAGAAAAGAUUAUCGAUUGUCUUUAUUAUGGAUUAAUGUGUUGCGAAUGUUCUAUAUCUUAAUUUCAACGGUGCUGCUACAUCAUUUUUUCUUAUCUACAAUAUGAAACUAAAGACUUGAGUAUUUCUUGUUUUAUUACCUAAUUUAUUUUAAUUGCCAUUAGACUUAGAUUUUACACUGUAUUAUCGGAUCGUCCUUUAUCAUUCCUACA